UUGGCGGACGGACCGCCUGUUCCGGUUGUCCUUGCAGGUCCCUGUGGUUUAUCCGCGAUGCUCCGGCGGGUGUGUGCGUGCCGGCCUCGGCUCCCCUUCUCCCGCCGCGCUCCAAGCCCCGCCACCCCCGAGACUCCGGCCGCUUGGAUGGCGCCGCUCGCCGCCCCGCCGGGAACAUCCAGGACAGAAAAUAUUCAGCGAUAUUUGGGGACUAGCAGCAUGAUCUGUAGCAAGAAAGAUAAGAAGUCUGCUUCCACCAGUGAGACAUCUAAGACUUCAGAGAGCAAAGACAAAAUCAAGGAGAACAUCAAAAAAGACUUGCUAGGCAUUAUCAAGGACAUGAAAGUUGAACUGAAGACAGUACAUGUUAAAACAACAAAGCCACCCAGCAGGAAACCUCAUACAAGUUUAGACACUACAGUUAGAAAGCUCCAAAGACCUACAGAAGAUGCUUCAGUGGAGAGAAGCAAGUCCCUGAAUCCAGAGUUGGUGGCAGCUGCAUCUGCUGUUGCAGAGUCCCUUCCCUUUGACAAGAAGAUGACCAAGUCAGAGCUGCUCCGGCAGCUCCAGCAGCACGAGGCAGACACAAGGGCACAGAAAGCUGGAGAGAAACGUAAAAUUAGUUUCAGUAACAUAAUAUCAGAAAUGAAAGUUGUCAGAAAACCUACAGCUAGAGUUAGAACAAGACCGGAGCAUCAGAUUCAGUUUGAUGAAGAAUCUGAGAAUUAUCUUGGUAAGAAGAACACAGCCGAUCUUAAAAACAGUCUUCAGAAAAAUUUAUUCCUGGGAAAGAGACUUAAUAUUUUUGACGAAAAGACAUUUUCUGAAGAAGCAUCUGAAGCAGAGACACCGCCUUCCCUUUGGGAGAUAGAAUUUGCGAAGCAGUUAGCCACAGUAAAUGAACAGCCCUUUCAGAAUGGGUUUGAAGAGAUGAUCCAGUGGACCAAGGAGGGCAAGUUAUGGGAGUUCCCAAUCAACAAUGAGGCAGGUUUUGAUGAUGAUGGUUCAGAAUUUCAUGAGCAUGUAUUUCUGGAUAAGUACCUUGAAGGUUUUCCAAAACAAGGUCCCAUCCGCCACUUCAUGGAGCUGGUGACGUGUGGCCUUUCUAAAAACCCAUAUCUGAGUGUUAAACAGAAGGUUGAACACAUAGAGUGGUUUAGAAAUUAUUUCAAUGAAAAAAGGGACAUUCUAAAAGAAAAUAACAUACAGAUCAAUUAAUAUCAUGGAAUUUUUUUUCAAGCUGUGAAAAGGUGGACAUUAUAAUAAAUUAAAUAAAAAUUUACUAGAAA